AUGCUGGGUGCACUGCUGCGGAGGAACAUGUCCCAGAAGCUGAGCAUGCUAUUGCUGGUGUUUGGUGUGGUGUGGGGACUAAUGUUGUUGCGCUACACAGUGCAGCAACCACAGCACCAGAGCAGUGCCGAGCUUAGGCAGCAGAUUCUUGAGCUAAGCCGACGCUACGUCAAAGUGCUCACAGAAGAGAACCAGAAUGCACCUGGUGGCCCACAGGGCACCUCUAUGGCAGGAUAUGCUGAUCUGAAGAGGACCAUAGCCGUGUUGCUGGAUGAUAUUAUGACACGGCUGGUUAAAUUGGAGGGGAAGGUCGAUCUGGUGGCGAACUCCUCCGCCACUAACACCUCCCAUCCUGCAGGGGGUGCCCUUUCCUCCGCUCCUGCUGCCUUACAUAAAGCCACCAAGCAGGGGACACCUGACAGUCACCUGGAAACACCACAGCUGCCUGCACAUACACCUAAUAGAGCCCACCAAGGGGUAUAG